AUGAACGGCUCGGCGGCGGCCGGUUUGCUGGCGGGCACCGGGGCGGCGGCCCGGGAGCUGGAGCGGGCGCUGCGCUGCUGCACGGCCGCCCCCGCGGCGACCGACGGCGGCGGGGGAGCGGCGGCGGGGCCGGCGGGGGAGCGGGGCUCCUACACCCUGCGGGUCGUGCAGAUCGCCGUCAUGUGCGUCCUGGCCCUCACCGUCGUCUUCGGCGUCUUCUUCCUCGGCUGCAACCUCCUCAUCAAGUCCGAGGGGAUGGUCAACUUUCUGGUCAAGGACCGGCGGCCCUCCAAGGAGGCGGAGGCGGUGGUGGUGGGGCCGUACUGA